AAUGUUUAUAAAUAUUAAUAAAAAAAUGAAAAGAGAUUUCGUUGCUUAUAUUUUAUUUUCGAUUUUAUUUAAAUUUAUACAGUGUAAUAGCGUAAAUAAAUAUGCGUUACUUAUGCCAAAUGUUAGACCAAAUAGGGAAGAACUGUAUUUGUGUACUCCUGUUAAAGUAGAUCCUUCUAAAAAUUAUUAUUUGACGGGUUUCGAACCAAAUGCAACAAUGGCAACUGCUCAUCAUAUUCUUUUAUACGGUUGUAGAAAACCUGGUAGUUCAAAACCUGUAUGGGAUUGUGGAGAAAUGGUACACGGUAUAAAUGAUAACAAGGAUACAAUGGUACCAUGUGCAGAAGAUUCUCAGAUAUUGUAUGCUUGGGCCAGAGAUGCACCAACAUUAAUUUUACCAGAAGGAGUAGGUUUCAAAGUUGGUGGAGAUUCUUCAAUUAAAUAUUUAGUUCUACAGGUUCAUUAUGCUCAUAUCACACAAUUUCAAGAUGGCAGAACCGAUGAUUCUGGUGUAUUUCUAUAUUACACAUUAAAUCCAUUGAAUAAAUUAGCUGGUGUUCUUCUUUUGGGAACUUCAGGUAUCAUACCACCUAGAAGAACAACAUACAUGGAAACAGCCUGUAUGAUAAAAGAGAACAAAACUAUUCAUCCUAUUGCAUAUAGAACACAUACCCAUUCUCUUGGAAAAGUAGUUUCUGGAUAUGUGGUAAAACCAGAUUACACUUGGAUAGAAUUAGGAAAAAGAGAUCCUUUGACUCCUCAAAUGUUUUAUCCUGUACACAAUAAAGUUUCAGCUAGUCAGGGUGAUCAAAUAGCGGCUCGUUGUACUAUGCAAAGUACACGUGAUAGUUGGACAUAUAUUGGUGCUACUAAAAAUGAUGAAAUGUGUAAUUUUUAUUUAAUGUACUAUGUUGAAAAUGACAAACCAUUGUCUAUGAAAUAUUGCUUUACUGCUGGUCCUCCUCGUUAUUAUUGGAAAGAUGCUGGACUUUUUAAUAUUCCCACUAUAGAAGCGUCUAGUUUAUAACGUGAUUUAUAAAAAUCUCGAUUAGAAAUUGAUACAGAGACAAUGUUAUUUAUAAUGAAAGUAUUUUAUCUAUUUAUUGUAAAGUAGAAUUUGUUUUUUAUAUUUUAAUUAUAUUUGUGAUAAACUUUCGUAUUUAUACGAAAUUAUGGCAAUUUCUAAGUUGAUGUUAUUAACAUUUUGUUCCUAUAACGUGCAUAAAUUACUUAUUUUAUUCUUAGAAUUAUUUUGUAUUCAAAGUAACAGUACUUAAUUAAUUUUAUUUUAAUGUAUGAAUGUAUUAUAGUUAUGUUUUAUAUCUGAUUUUAUAUAAGGCCUAACAACUAAAUUUUAACGUACCUGCCAUUAAUUUUAUCCGAUUAUUGUAUCCAGCUAUAAUGGAUAAAGAAACGUAAACAGUCUCCCAAAUAAACUCUAUCUUUUCUAUGAAAAAUCUUGAAUUCAUAUUAGCGAUUUUUUUGUCGACCAUUAUGAAAUGGUAAAUGUUUAAUCGUAUAAUAAUAGAAAUCAUUUUUGAAAUCAUAGACUGAAUGUAUUAUAUUUUCAUGGUAUAUUAUAAUACGAUUUUACUUUAAUUAUAAAUGUAACAAAUAAAAUUUAUUUUUUAAGUUAGACA